GAUAACCGACAUGAGUCCUUUGAGCUCAUUACCUCGGUUCUGUUUGCCUUCUUUAUUGUUUUAUGGUUCUAGGUCCUUGAGGACUAAUGGACGUUUGUUUGACGUGGUGUCAGCGAGCCUCCGUCGCCGCGCAGCCCGCUAGCUGCCCAUCACGAGCAGCACUCCAUGUGACCAAAGGAGGAGGAGCCUCCUGCCUUCAAAAGAGCAGCACCCAGAGGACCAGGACCAGAGACCAGUACCAGAACACCAGACCAGCAGAAGACACCAGAAGACACCAGACCAGCAGAACUAUGCAGUACGUUUGUAAUCCCGCCAUCUUGGUCCUCGUGGCAUUGGUUCUGUGCGGCCCAGGCGUCUCCUCCCAGCCCGACAGAGACCAGGACCAGUACCAGAACCAGGACCUGGAUCCGGAGCUGCGGCCCCACAGACUGCUACAACGAGCUCGCAGCGCCGGACUCCUGUCACAGGACUGGAGUAAGCGUGCCGUGGAGGACCUGCUGGCUCAGAUGUCUCUGCCAGAGGCCGACGCCCAGCGGGAGGCUGAGGUCGUUUCCAUGGCGACAGGUGGGAGGUUGAACCUGGAGCGGUCCGUCGACCCCCCCAACAACAUGGCCCCCCGCGAACGCAAGGCCGGCUGCAAGAACUUCUACUGGAAGGGCUUCACUUCCUGUUAAAGCCCGCCCAGCUGCCUCACCGCGACCAAUCCCAGAUCACCUGACCUUCACCUGAACGACUGGACGGACCAAUCAGCAGCUGUCUGGCUGCGGUGUACCUGAAUAAUUAAUGUAAUUAUCAAAUAAAAAGAUAAAUCAUUCAA